AGUUAUCACUGGUAAUGGUGAUUUUGUAAUCGCUCCUCCGGUGGAGAAUGAAUAUUUAUAUUGAACUCUUUCCUGGGGCGGCGGAGGAACUUAUGGAGCAGUUCUAUCUAUGAAAAGCAGGGCACACCGAGAUGAACGAAUUGCAGCCGCAAAUCUCACUUUCACUAAUGCAGGAAUAUUACAAGAUGCAUUCUUCAAAGUGGUUGAGACAUCCAUCCGAACGCUUCCUACUUUAGUUGAUGCAGGAGGUGUUAGCGUGUGGCUGAUGAUAAACUCGUCUUUUGCAUUGGCACCUGCUUCGGGGGUUGGGCUAGCUAAGUCGGAAUUAGAUGAAAUCAUGCGCCCUACUAUCAUGAAGCUGGGAGAGAAUCAUGUUACCCACAGUAUGUUGCUACCUCUAUACUGGCUAUGAACGCAUGACUAACAAUCUCUUCAAGACAUAUUUUGUCGAUGAGUUUCCUACAUUUUUGUGCGCCUUCAAAGUAAUGAAUUCCCCAAAUCCCUCCAAUCAUAUUCAGAUUGGGGACGUUUUAUUCCACGCUCUCUGAUGGAAUCAAGCAAUGGCAGCUAAAAGUUAAUGGCGGCAAUACGGGAUAUAUCUAAUAAGGUGGGAGCUAUAUCAGGAUAGCUCUAAAUGCUUCUGUAAAGACAGUAUUAGGGUUUAAAGGGGAGGAUUUAGGAGGUCACCGGAGGGUGUCGGGGUGAUUGGGAAGGUUGGAUGGGGACUUAAGAUGACAGAUUUGGUGGGUUGGAAGAAGUGGGUUGGACAAGGCAACACAAUGAAUGCUAUUGAAAGAUGGAUGUUUUAAUCUCUUGAAGUUUUAAAUGAA